AUGCCUCAACGAAUCCAACUUGAUAUCCUAGCAUCCAUUUGCGAACACCAUACUUGCACUUUCUCUUCUUUAUAUCCCCUUGGGUCUGGCAGCGGCCCAGCUCAUCGGCCCUUCGAUUGUAAUAUCCUCAGCUAUGGUGCUGUCGCUGAUAACACGACGGACAUCUCGACAUCUCUUGAAUCAGCAUUCAAUUGGUGUGUCCGACCAAACCCCAGCAGCAGACUUGUUGUCCCGGAGGGUCAAUACCUGAUCUCCCGCGGCGUCGUGCUCAGCAACGCGACCAAUUGGGCCUUUCAGCUGGAUGGCCUCAUCACAGUAGCGUAUGGUGGAAAUUGGACCAUUGAUCGUGCGUUAAUCCUUGAGGGUUUAGCCGGUACAGAUGUGUUGAAUACUACCAUUAAUGGGGAGGGUGACCAGAAGUUUUUGUUAGAUGUCUUGGUCAUUGUCAAUGCUGUUGAUUUCGAGUUCUACUCAUCUAACGGUCUCGGUGCCUUCCAAGGGCAAGGAUAUCUUUACCGGAAUUUGAACAACACUGAUCGCCCCCGUCUUGUUCGUUUGAUCUCGCCAAUAAAUGCGUCUGUCCAUGACUUGAUCUUGGUCGACAGCCCAAAGUUCCAUAUAGUGCUUGACUUUGCCAUCAAUGUAGAAGCAUACCAUCUUACCAUCCGGGGUGCCAAUCUCGGUAGUUAUGAUGGCAUAGACGUGAUUGGCACCAACUAUCACAUUCAUGACAACGAGGUCACUAAUCGUGACGAAUGCGUCUCCGUCAAGAGUCCCUCCCACCACGCGCUGAUCGAAAACCUGGUCUGUAAUCAGGCCGGCUCGGGCAUCUCCAUCGGCAGCCUCAACGUCUCCGCUGAGAUAUCAAACAUACUCGCACAAAAUAUUAGCAUCAUCCAGGGGAACAACAUUGCCUUCAUCAAGACCUACCCCGGCGGCUCCGGCUACGUGACCAAUGUUACCUUUUCCAACUUUCGGUCUAAAGCAAGUCUGUACGGCUUGAACAUCAACCAGUACUGGCAGAACACAUUCGAGCCAGAUACGGGAUCCGUCACGCUGAGCAAUCUUGUCUUCCGAAACUUUUCAGGCUCCGUGGCAAAUGGCGUCCAACGCCCACCGCUCUACCUCAUCGUCAACGACCUCACAUACGCCACCAACGUUACCGUCGAAGACUUCACCGUUUGGACUGAGUCCGGAAGCAGCAUCGUCAACAAGAUCAGUAAUGUGUUUGGCCAUGGCGAUGACUCCUACGGUCCGAACAAUGGCCUUGUCUCUCUGGGCGCUGCAGAACAGCCUCACACGUAUACAAGCACCAACAUCAUUACCGCCUCACCGACAGGUUGGGUUCCACCGAAAUCUCCAACCUGGGCGGCACCGAGUACAGGAUACGGAAGUAAGUAG